AUGUGGAUAGGUGGCAGCAUAGCGGACAGUGGUGACAUUUACCAAGAUGAGGAAGACCAGGCAGAGAAGGAGCAUGAUGAAGAGGAUCAGGAGUUUAGUUUGCAGUAUCUAGUAGACAUAGGGAAGGAGGAGGGCCAGCCUACAACAAUUAAAGAACACACUAAAAAAGAGCCUCAGCAGAAUGAGGGGCUAACUGCUUUAUCGUCGGCAUCAUCACCAACCGUAAAAAAGGAGGAGGCUAAACAAGAGAAUAUAGUUGCGACCAAGAGAGUAGAUGAUGCUCAUAAGAAACCCAGACUGAUGCCAAGAAUCCAAAAUAGGUUUCCCAUCACUAAUCCAGAAGUGGUAAAGAUCCAGGCCUGGUGGCGGGGCACCCUGGUGCGCAGGACACUGCUGCAUGCAGCACUCAGAGUGUGGAUCAUUCAGGGCUGGUGGAGGGAGAAGCUGAUGAAGCUGGAAGAGAACAGGCGGCGGGCUGUCCUGGAGACCUUCACACGGAAGGAAUGGGCAGCAGUCAGGCUGCAGUCCUGGGUCCGCAUGUGGCGCAUCCGUCGGCGCUACUGUCGCUUGCUCAAUGCAGCCCGCAUCAUCCAGGCCUACUGGAGGUGCCACUCCUGCGUUUCCCGGGGUUUCAUUAAGGGCCACUACAGAGUCACAGCCAACCAGCUGCAUCUUGAACUUGAGAUCUUGCUGGGCUCAGGGCCUUGCAUUGUGACUGAGUGUAUUCCCCUUCCAAUAAAGCAGUGA